CUAUGAUGUAUGUUUUCAUGUUUAUAGGAUGAUGAAACCCUGUUCUCUUUUUUGAUUUCCGUCAGUUUUUUAUAAAUGGGUCUGCUUAAAUAUAUUCUACUUCUUUAUUUUGAGAUUUUUUUGUUUAAGUUAGAAAGAUAUGGACUUUAAUUUUCUUACCUUUCAAAGUGUGGGUUUUUAAUUUUUGAGUAAGUUUUUUCAGUAUGUCUUACAGUGGGGGCUGUGGUUUGGGGGUAUCUUGUGUUAAUAGAAGAUUUAAUGACGUCUUAGGUUGUAGACCAUUUUAAGAGGAACUAACUUUAAGUUUUUGCUAUUUUCUCUGAAGCAAACAGGGUUUAUUUUUAGUUAGUUUGUGUUUGUGUGGAAGAGAAAUAAAUAUAAAGGUUGUAAAUUUAUUUUUAUGUUUUUGAGGUUGGAAGGUAUGAGUAAAGGUAAGCUAAGUUUUCCUUUUAGAAAGGAUUUUUGUUUUCUUGUUCAAAAUUAGGGUUAUUCAAAACUGGGGUUUCUGAUAAUGAACAGUUCUUGUUGCAGAAACAAGAAAGACUUGCUUUUUUUUCAUCCCUUAAAAAGCAAAUAAAAGACCCCUUUUUUCAGGGUUUUAAAUUGAUGUUUUUUUCUCCGGUGCUCUUCGGUUCCAAAGCUGGAAUUAUUCUGCAUAUAAAAAAAAUCUCUUUUAUCCUCCAUAAAUAUCAGUGUGGUUUUUUUUUUUAGGGUUGUAUUUUCAGCAAGUUUUGAACACUUUUUAGGGUAAGUUUUAAAGCUAUUUCUCGCAGAAGAAUAGGUACAAAUGGUAUAGAGAGUGGGAAAAUAGUGGAAGAAACAAAAAUGGAUUUUCUUUUCAGAAACUAUGUUGGUCGUGGUGAUGGAUGUAAAAUGGAUUUUCCUGAGUCUACAAGAAUUGUGCUACAACGAAUUCAACAGCUGGAACCUGAAAAUGUGUCUAAGAUUACCGGUUAUCUUCUCUUACAAGACCUUGGUGAGCGGGAGAUGAUAAGGUUAGCUUGUGGAACUGACAGUCAGAUUCAAUCCUUGAUUAAUGAAGCCAAAAUCCAUCUCAACCUGUCUCCUAAACCUUUUGGUUCUUCCCCAAUCCCACCUAGUUUAAUGAGUUCUUCACCCAAUUCAGACCUCCCCCACAAGUUUACUCCCUAUUCACCUGCUGCCUCCCGUCCAUUCUCUUCUCAUGGGGGGUUUCGUGUUGCUCCUUCUCCACACUGGGAUCCACAGUUGUCUGAUCAACAACCAAUUCAUAAUAUGGAUUUCAUUCCUCCGCCCUAUUCUGAAUCAAUCAAUGAUGAUUUCCGCCUUCAGAAUUAUGCACAGUUCCUGAUGGAUGAGCAGAUGGAUUCUGUAAAUGGUGGUGGUGAUUUUCCUGGGAGUUAUUAUUACCCUGAUGGGGCAUUGGGUGUUCUUGCACGGAACCGCAGACCACCAAGCUUGAGCUUGCCAGAUUUUCCUAUGAAGGCUUGUCAUUAUUUCAACAAGGGUUUCUGUAAGCAUGGUACCAGCUGUAGAUUCUCCCAUGGUCAAAACUUAGCUGACAGUUUCUCUCAGAUUUUCAGCCCUAAUGGAAAUGACUUGGGUAAUGAGGAUCACAUGUUUUUGCCAGGCUCUCUUGAGACACUUGAAAUGGAGCUUACUGAGCUAUUGAAAUCUAGACGAGGAUUGCCUGUGUCAAUUGCCUCUCUUCCCAUGCUGUAUUACGAGAAAUAUGGGAGGAAUCUUCAAGCUGAAGGGUAUCUCACUGAGAGUCAGAGGCAUGGGAAGGCUGGUUAUAGUUUGACUAAACUUCUUGCUAGGUUGAAGAACAGCAUUCGCCUCAUUGACAGGUGCGAUCAUCAUGAACUCUUACGACCUCAUGGGCAGCACUCUGUUGUCUUGGCUGAAGAUGCCUCGAGAUAUAUGGAUUACAGGAGUGAGAGGACUGAUCCUGGUACAAUAGUCUCUGGGUCUAGACAGAUUUAUUUGACUUUCCCAGCUGAAAGUACAUUUACUGAGGAGGAUGUUUCCAACUAUUUCAAGAGCUUUGGUCCUGUUCAAGAUGUGAGGAUCCCCUGCCAGCAGAAAAGGAUGUUUGGAUUUGUUACCUUUCUUUACACCGAAACUGCCGAAAUAAUUCUAGCUAAAGGGAAUCCUCAUUUUGUUUGUGGAGCUCGAGUUCUGGUUAAGCCAUAUCGGGAAAAAUCUAGACUUGUCGACAGGAAGUAUAAUGACAAACUUGAACGUCCAAUGUAUUUCCCUAACUUUCUUGAUAUGGAUCACGAGCUUCAAGCAAUCGAGCACUCAAGAUUACUCCGGAAGCAGAUGAUUUUGGAGGAACAAGAGCAAGCUCUUGAAUAUGAGAGGAGGCGCCUGGCUGAGUUUCAGGUAGCAACUAAGCCCCUAGCUCAUACACCAUAUUUUGGUUAUACCAAUGAUGAGCUGAGAUUCUCUGAAGCCUGUGCAGAUCACAAUGACUUUCAAUCAGCCAAUCGUUUUGGUUACAUGCUUGAUAUGUUGCAGAAUGGCUCUACUAGUGAUGACAAUGCUAGGCACUCCAACAACAAUUACACUGACCAGGAGAGCCAAGGAGGACUGAAUCUACCAGAGAGCCCGUUUGCAACUCCAAUACCAGCUAGCGGCAUUUCAACAGCUACAUAGAGAAAAUAUCAGUAACUAAAGAAAGAAAAAGAAUAUAGAGUUAGAGAAGGAAGAAAGGAGUGGGAUUUUAGUUGAGGAUCUUUAUUACCUAUUUUACUUUUUUUAUUUUACAUUUUCCUGACUCAUCGGCAUCAAUCAAACAAGAAUCUUCUCCCUUGGUAUAUGGUGGUAGCUUCUUAUGGGGGUGAAGAUGUUGACAAAAGAAGAAAUGGAAAUACAACAAAGAAAGAAAGCUUAUACAUGUAACAGAAGUUUUCACAGAUAUUUUAGAAAAGAAAUGAAGUUUCUUUGGGGUUAGCCCUGAAGAUGUUAUUUUAGAUGAAGAAGAAAGAAGAUAAUGUAAUUAUAGUUGGUCUUUUGAGUAGUUAAAGAAGAGAAAAAAAGAAACUACAGAUAUGCAGAGAGAAUUCAGAGUGAUAGAGUAUACUAAAGAUAUGUAGUAGAUGAAUCUUUGCAGUAUUGGUAGAAGAAGAAAUAGAUGGAAAAAUAAUUUUACCUGAAUAUAAUUAGCAGUACUUUUCCUA